GAGUGGGCGGGCGGAAGGCGGUUCCUUCUUCCCGCCGUCCCCGGCGCGGGCCCCGCUCGCUCGCUCCCUCCAGAGCCGCCAAGAUGGCGUCCGCCCUGGAGCAGUUCGUGAACAGCGUCCGGCAGCUCUCGGCCCAAGGGCAAAUGACUCAGCUUUGCGAACUGAUCAACAAAAGCGGGGAGCUGCUCGCGAAAAACCUCUCUCAUCUGGACACUGUGCUGGGCGCCCUCGAUGUCCAAGAACACUCGCUAGGAGUUCUCGCUGUUCUGUUUGUGAAGUUUUCCAUGCCCAGUGUCCCCGACUUCGAGACGUUAUUCUCGCAGGUCCAGCUUUUCAUCAGCACGUGUAAUGGGGAGCACAUUCGAUACGCGACAGACACUUUCGCUGGUCUUUGUCACCAAUUGACAAACGCUCUGGUGGAAAGGAAGCAGCCCCUCCGAGGGAUCGGCAUUCUCAGGCAAGCCAUAGACAAGAUGCAGAUGAACACCAACCAGCUGACCUCAAUACAUGCGGAUCUAUGCCAGCUCUGUUUAUUAGCCAAAUGCUUUAAACCUGCCCUCCCAUAUCUAGAUGUGGACAUGAUGGAUAUUUGUAAGGAGAAUGGGGCAUACGAUGCAAAGCAUUUCCUGUGCUACUACUACUACGGCGGCAUGAUAUACACUGGCCUCAAGAACUUUGAAAGAGCGCUCUACUUCUACGAGCAGGCUAUAACGACUCCCGCCAUGGCCGUGAGUCACAUUAUGUUGGAAUCCUAUAAAAAAUACAUCCUCGUUUCCUUGAUACUCCUUGGCAAGGUGCAGCAGCUGCCGAAAUACACCUCCCAGGUCGUGGGGAGGUUCAUUAAGCCGCUUAGCAACGCUUACCACGAAUUAGCGCAAGUGUAUGCCACCAACAAGCCCUUGGAGCUGCGGGCUCUGGUGAACAAGCACAGCGAGACGUUUGCCCGGGAUAACAACAUGGGCCUGGUGAAGCAGUGCCUCUCCUCGCUCUAUAAAAAGAAUAUUCAGAGGUUAACGAAGACCUUUUUAACGCUCUCACUACAAGACAUGGCAAGUCGAGUGCAGCUCUCCGGGCCCCAGGAGGCUGAAAAGUACGUCCUUCACAUGAUAGAAGACGGCGAAAUCUUUGCUAGUAUUAACCAGAAAGAUGGAAUGGUCUGUUUCCACGAUAAUCCGGAGAAAUAUAACAACCCUGCGAUGCUUCACAACAUUGACCAGGAGAUGCUGAAAUGUAUAGAACUCGAUGAGAGACUGAAAGCCAUGGAUCAGGAGAUCACCGUGAACCCUCAGUUUGUCCAGAAGAGCAUGGGAUCCCAAGAAGACGAAUCAGGAAGCAAACCAUCCAGUUAUUCUUGAAAAAUCACAUUUUUGUGUUCUGUUUUGCUUGCUUGCGGCUCCAUUGCAGGGGUGGGGGUGGGGAGAGAGAAAAAGAUGUAAAGAAAACCACCGUUAGGAUGCAAGUGUUUUAAAAGCCUCACACGGCAAGAAUUGACUGUUUCACCGGAACAUUCAAAGCAAAACGUCGACAACAUCUCAGUACUGUACGAUUUCCCGAUUCUCUGCAAAGAAAGGAAAAGAAAAGCAAAGCAAACCUUCUGUUGUGGAUCGAUCUUGAGAGUAACAUCGUUUCAUGCAUUAAAUAAUUUCACUUUUUGUUCUA